AUGGAUGUUAGCAGCAAGGAGGCUCUGAUAGAGGCCCCUCCGGACUACUCUCCUGUCGCCAGAAUCCCCUGCCUCUCCCCUCACCUCAAGAGACUCUUGAUCAUCGUGGUGGUGGUUGUGAUCAUAGUCUUGGUUGUGCUGGGUUUCCUCCUGAUGGGAUUGCACAUAUCUGAGAAGCACACGGAAACUGUUUUGCGAAUGACUAUCCAGGGCCUGGAUGGGGAAGGGUCCCCGCAACAGCUCUCCAUGAGUGGGAAAGAAAGGACAGGGACUUUCCACAUCAAGGCAGGGAUCAAUUCUUCAGCCACUGUUGUGUACGACUACCCCCACCUGCUGAUCUGCUACAAAUCCUGGCAAGGCCGAGCCUGCUACAUCACCAAGAUGGACAAGGAGAACAUUCAGGGCCUGGAUACCAUUGCCAAGGCGUUCCAGCAUCUCCAGCUCGAACAGGGUGAAGAGAUGGAGGAAGGGGGGUCCCCUGUGCCCCAGGCCAAUCGCUCCAUCCUGGGCACUACAGUUAACAUCCUCUGCAGCAACGUUCCCAUCUACUGGGCUUAGCAAGGGCUCAGGGCCCCGUGCAGUCUGAGCUCCGCGUCCCGGCAGUCACUUUCCAGUGAGAUGGGCAUGGCGCCCUUGUAUCCACAGCACUGGGGCUUCUCUCCUACAAUGAUGACUACGUUCCAUGUGCAAUCACUGCACAUCUGAGCCUAGGCUCAGGCCGUGGGCCAGCGGGUGGGUGGCUGCAUGAUCUCCAGCCAUUGCAAAGCUUUUGUUCUGUUGCCAUUCA